AGUACCAAAUAAUGAUGACAGCAUUUAAAUUGUCCCACAGAGUAGGGAGAGAGAGACCAUAGAUUUGCUCCUAUAAAGCCAGAACAGCUACAGGAACUUGAUGUGAAAAUCAGAAACUGGGAUCUCUGGGGAACAGUGGUGGGAGGUGGAGAAAAUUCUAACAAGUGAAGUCAGGAGGGUGGCUGAGUGACAGAGCCCUAGCUCAGCACGCACCAAAAACCAAAACAGAAAAUCUUGGCAAAUGUUACUCAGCUGAACAGAUAUUUGACCGUGGCCAGCAGGGCCGUCUCCGUGUCCUAAGGCUAGAGGUAUAGUCUUUGGCUUCAUUUAGAAUGCUUUGGCUUUUUCUUCUAUGCAGGGCUGAACUACAUUAUCAGCCCUGUUUUGACUUUUUGAUGGUGCAAAAGUGAUAUGUGUUUAGUAGGAAUUGCACCUUAUAUACUUUUCACUGGCUGGUGAUGUAAGUGGUGCCGUGCUCUUUUGCUGAAGGCAGAAGCAGUGAGCCACAGCUCCCGUCAGCCACACAAUCACAACAGUAAACAACCAAUGCUCCCUUGCUAAAAUAUGUUGCUCGGUAGGUUAGGUGGGGGCGGGGGGUAAAGCCCAGUGUAGACCGUGUGAUUGCCGUGCAUGAGGCCCUGGAUUUAAUCCCCAGCACCAAAAAUAAAUAAAUGCAUUUUUAUCUCAUAAUGGAUUUAUCAGGAUACAACCUGAAGACCAUCUAUCCAUCAAAUAAGUACUUCAGAAAAGAACAGUAACAUAGUUCAGCCUUGUUGAGUACCUUCUGUACUCCAGACCACCCAAGGGUGCUCAAUAAAUUGAGCCAGUCUCGGAGAUUCGCUGACUAGUCCGUGGCUUUAUUGUCUUUGAGGACCCAAUGCCUAGCAGAGGACCAAAGUUCACAGGUUAAAAAAAUUUCCUAGAGAAGAAGGAUCAUAAGCACCAUGAUGGACUCAGAAGCGCAUAAUAAGAGGCCCCCAAUAUUGACCUCUUCAAGCCAGGAUUUGUCAACUCACAUCGCAGACGUGGGUGAGAUAAAGCAUUACUUCUGUGGCUGCUGCGCAGCCUUCAACAACGUGGCCAUCACAUACCCGGUUCAGAAGAUCCUCUUCCGGCAGCAGCUGUAUGGCAUCAAAACGCGUGAUGCCAUUCUCCAGCUGAGGAGGGAUGGGUUUCGAAACCUGUAUCGUGGGAUCCUCCCCCCACUGAUGCAGAAGACCACCACGCUGGCGCUUAUGUUUGGUCUGUAUGAGGACCUGUCUCGCCUGCUCCGGAAGCAUGUGAGCAGUGCUCCCGAGUUCGCCAUCAGAAGUGUGGCAGCAGUGCUUGCCGGGACGACAGAAGCCGUUCUCACUCCAUUAGAAAGGGUUCAGACUUUGCUUCAGGACCACAAGCAUCACGAUAAAUUCACAAACACUUACCAGGCCUUCCGGGCCCUGAGAUGCCAUGGAAUUACAGAGUACUACCGGGGCUUGGUGCCCAUCCUAUUCCGAAAUGGAUUCAGCAAUGUCCUUUUUUUUGGCCUUCGGGGGCCCAUUAAGGAGCAUCUGCCUACUGCCACUACGAACAGCGCACACCUGGUCAACGACUUUAUCUGUGGAGGUGUGCUGGGUGCCGUGUUGGGGUUCUUAAGCUUUCCGAUUAAUGUCGUAAAAGCUCGAAUACAGUCUCAGAUUGGUGGGCCGUUCCAGUCUCUGCCCAUGGUUUUCAAGACAAUCUGGGUAGAGCGGGACAGGAAACUGAUCAAUCUUUUCAGAGGUGCCCAUCUGAAUUACCAUCGCUCUCUCAUCUCCUGGGGAAUAAUCAAUGCAACUUACGAGUUUUUGUUAAAGAUUGUGUGAUAAGGUCACUACAGGACAUGUUUUUC